UCUAAAAUUAUAUAAAUAAAAUAAAUAACUUUAGUAAAGGAGACUUUGCCGCCUUUCUCUCUUUACCUCUCGACGUGUUAGCCUUUUUUUUCUUCCUCCUCAAGAUUCUCAAUUCGCUGACAAUCUCACAAUUUCUCGGGAAAAAAAAACAUCUUCUUGAUUCUCUGUUUCGUUUUCUUUCUCCGCUUUUCCUUCUUUCUAAAUAUAUCUUUGGGAGGCGAAGAGACGGGCAGUUUCCUCCGAUGUCGCGCCGUCUUUUCGCCUGUUUUCGCGGCAAGAAACCCUCAUCCUCCACGACUAAACCUGUCUCCGGUAACAACUCCGCCGCCGUCUCCGCUGACGUUCCUGCCGGCGACGGACCCGUUCUCGUCCAGCUUUUCUCGUCGCAGGGAUGCAAAACGUCGCCAGCGGCGGAGAUGCUGAUGUCCCGUCUCGGCCGAGGUGAUUUCGACGCUCAGAUCCGUGGAGGAGAAGACGGUAGUGGUUCUGGAUCUCCGGCGAUGGUUCUUGUCUUCCACGUUGAUUACUGGGACUACAAGGGUUGGAAGGAUCCGUACGGGUCGAGCCAGUGGACGGUGAGGCAGAAGGCGUACGUGGAGGCGUUGAAUCUUGACACGAUGUUCACUCCGCAGCUUGUAGUCCAAGGAAGAUCUCAGUUGAACGAAAACGAGGAAGAGACGCUGCUCAAAUCUAUCUCGGAAGCUCCUAGGUUUGCUUCUCCUGCCUUCAAGGCGAGUUUCCAGAGACCAACCUCAGAGACACUGCAAGUAUCACUAACGGGAGCUUUGAGGACGAAAGUAGACGGGGACGGACUAGACAUAAUGGUGGCGCUAUAUGAAACGGGGCUAGUGACAGACUGUGAGAGAGGAGAGAACGAAGGAAGAAUGUUGUCGAAUGACUACGUUGUAAGAAAGAUGGAGAAGAUGUGCACUGUGAAAGACGUAACAGCGAAGAAGUCAGUGUCGGGGACUGCUCAUUUCACGCUCUGGGAUGGAUUCAACAGCAGCAAAUGUGGUGUCGUUGUCUUUCUUCAGAACUCGUCUCUUCAUAUCUUUGGUACUCAGAGUUUUAAGUUGCCUGAUGAGAUUUGAGUUAUCCCUCUUACAAUCUGAAAACUUUUGCUUUUAAAAAUGAUUUGUAUUUUUGUCGCUCAUAUUUUUCGCUUUGUGAAGAAUUACUGUUUGUACAGUUAUAUAUGUGUGACUCUUUACAGGGUUUAGGACUAAUAUGUGUUUUUGAUUUCCAUUAUUCUUCAUGCUUAAUCA